AUGACUAUCAGCAGCGUUGUUUUUCCAACUCUGUUUCUUAUAAAAGGAUGGGUGAAAUCAUUGCGUGAAAUAGUUCAUGACUACUUGAAGGAUCAUAGGGCUACCGCGGAUCUUGGAGUUCAAGGUGGAGGCAGAAGAAACUCAACAUUAAUUUGUGCUCCAAUCAUAGCAAACUCAGUGGAACAAAUGGUGUCUCAGAUAAGCAAGGCAAAAGAAUUAGGUGCCGACCUAGUGGAGGCUCGGUUGGACUUCUUGAAGAACUUCAAUCCUUCACAACAUCUUCAAACCAUAAUAGAAAACCGUCCUUUGCCCAUUUUAAUCACUUACAGACCUAUAUGGGAAGGAGGGAAGUAUAAUGGAGAUGAAAACAAGAGACAAUCUGCUCUACGUCUAGCCAUUGAAUUGGGAUCUGAGUUUGUUGACAUUGAGUUAAAGGUAGCUCAUGACUUUUACAAGUCCAUUGGAGGGAAGAAGCCAGACAAUGUGAAGAUCAUUGUCUCUUCACACAACUUCGAAAAUACUCCCUCUGUGGAGGAGAUAGGUAAUCUUGCUGCAAGAAUUCAGGCUUCUGGGGCUGAUGUAGUGAAGGUUGCAACCACUGCAUUGGACAUCACAGACUCUGCACGUGUUUUUCAAGUCCUUGUGCAUUCUCAGGUCCCAAUGAUAGGAAUUGCAAUGGGUGAGAAGGGAUUUAUGUCACGUGUACUCUGUGCAAAGUUUGGAGGAUUUCUCACGUUUGGUUCAAUUGAGGCUGGAGCUAUAUCAGCUCCUGGGCAACCAACUAUUAAAGACUUGUUGGAUUUAUACAAUUUUAGACAGAUUGGGGUUGCCACCAAAGUACAUGGUGUUAUAGGAAAUCCUGUUGGUCAUAGCAAAAGUCCUCAUCUUUAUAAUGCAGCUUUCAAGGCUGUGGGAUUUGAUGGAGUUUACUUGCCUUUGUUGGUUGAUAAUGUCUCAGAUUUUCUCAACACUUACUCAUCUCCAGAUUUUGUUGGAUACAGUUAUACGAUUCCUCACAAGGAGGAUGGACUUAGAUGCUGUGAUGAGGUCGAUCCAAUUGCCAAGGCAAUAGGAGCUAUCAGUUGCAUGAUUAAGAGGCCACACGAUGGAAAACUAAUAGGUUAUAACGUUGACUAUCUUGGGGCCAUUGCAGCUAUUGAGGAAGGAAUACUAGGUUUAAACGGAAGAUCUAUAUCUGGUUCACCUUUAUAUGGUAAACUGUUUGUCGUUAUGGGAGCUGGUGGGGCAGGAAAAGCACUAGCUUACGGUGGAAAAGAAAAGGGUGCAAGAGUAGUUGUUGCCAAUCGUACUUAUGCCAAAGCCAAAGAACUUGCUAGUAAAGUUGAAGGAGAGGCUAUUACUCUAUCUGAAUUAGAGAACUUCCACCCACAAGAAGGGAUGAUUCUCGCAAAUACUACAUCUGUUGGAAUGAAACCGAACAUUGAUGAGACACCCUUACCAAAGGAAGCCCUGAAACACUAUUCAUUGGUGUUUGAUGCCAUUUACACACCAAAAUUGACAAGACUCCUUCGAGAAGCACAAGAAGCUGGAGCAGCCAUAGUCUAUGGUACAGAAAUGUUCAUCAAUCAAGCAUUCGUGCAGUUUCAAAAGUUCACAAAGUUGCCAGCACCGAGACAACUAAUUAGGGAUGUGCUGGGAAGAAAUACAUGA